GAGAGAGAAAAGGGAGGGAAAAGAGGUGUGUGUUGUGGAAGGGGGGGACGGCUAAGGCAUAUAUAGACACCUCAUCCUUACUAUUAACAUACUCAUCCAGCUCACGCAAACACACGCUGACAUACAAACACCACUCACUCGCUUUAAAUCGAAUUCCUGCACACGGAGGAAGGAAGAGAGAGCGGAGAGGGAAAGACAGGGAUGCUCUUAGCAGGUGCCAAAAACUGAGUCGAGAGAAAGAGAGAGAGACAGAGGGAUGGAGGACUAAAGCAUUCAGUCAGGUUUUUAAAAGCUCCUCGAACUAUUAUUGUGCGUUCAUCUAAAUCUGUUCAUCUAAAUCUAUCCAUACCGACUCGCAUUAGCAGUGUGUUUGGAGCCAUUAUCAGUUGCACCAUGCUGUGCUCCUCUGUAUUUGUGGUGCUUCUUGUCCUUCUGGCCAAUCCAGUGCCAGGCCACACCCGAACCCUGCACACCCCUGACAAAGCCAUGCAGGUCAUCGAGCAGUUCCUUGAGCGCUACAAUGACCUUUUGACCCUUGACGAUCUUGAGAACCUCACGAGCGACCAGUCGGAAGAGCCCAUGCAGACCUUCAGCUCUGGGCUAAAGGUGGCAGAAUAUCCUAAGUGGAUUGACAUACCUGUGCAGAGCGAGAACGCCUGGCUCCGCCUCUUAAAGGGGGCGUUGGCCAAUCAGAAGCGAGCUCCACCGGACCGCUUGCGGAGGGGUUGGAACCGAGGCUGUUUUGGCCUAAAACUGGACCGGAUCGGCUCAAUGAGCGGACUGGGCUGCUAAUAAUGAACUGAGAGGUGGACAAAGAUGAGAUGAGAUGACUGUUGUGCCGCUUAGCUUUAGGUAGAGGUCAUUACCAAACUCUGGUUUGGUCUGGGGCCCCGUGAAAAGAGUGGACAAGGUGAACUAGGUGGACAAAUUCAUUAUAUUGUGUAUUUCAAUAUACUUAUUUUUACAUUGGAUUUGAAGUGACAUGUUGUUUAACAGUAUUUGUAUAUUUAUUUCUUAAUGAAGGUAGCAAGAAUUAAAAGUGUUUACUGGUUCUUUGAGAUGUAGAUGAGAUAGAAUAAUUUUGAUAAUCUUAUAGUAUCUUACUAGUAAGUAUGGAUCUUAAAGUAAUGUCUCAGUCUCAAAAAAUGCAUGGUUUAUAAAACAUAAACAUAUACUGCUCACCUUUCUGUACCUUUUGCAUGAAUAAAAUUUCUCCCACGUCUGUUUC